GCCACACUGAUCCAGACACUCGAACGAAUCGGUCGCGGUUGUUUUUUCGGUUUUUUGUUUGUCGUCCAUAAGAAAGCCCUCUCGCAGCGAAGGAAAAUGCGCUCGGAAAAUCACUCGUAGGCGGGGCGAAAACAGCGGUUGCAGCGCCAAACUUCUAACGGUUGUCCGGGCCGGGUGAAAAAAAUAGUGCGCGACACAAUUGGAAUUGCCGAAAAUGCGAGCGAGGAAAAGUGUCGAAUUCGGUGCGAAAAUCCGCGAAUAAUUUUAUGCGAUUUCCCGAGAAAAACGGGGAAAAUUAAGCGUCUGUCUGCUGCCGUGUGUGCGUGUGUGUGCGUGUCUGUGAGUGUAUAACAUAACAGAAAACAAAACAACAACAAAAACAACAAGGCAGCCAAGUCAGGAUCAACGGUUCUUCAGGGUAGUUUGUUUGAAUUUGAACAAAGCAAAGCAAACGCAAAGUAAAGCACACGAAAGCAGGAGUGAUAAAGAGAGAGAUAGAGAGAAAUACGAGGGGGAUAACGGGAGAAUACACCCCACACACACACCCGCUCCGCUCCUCUUCUUUGUGUGCGCUUUUGCCGCCUGGAAAUGCAAUGCUAGAGCAAAAGCAGCUACAACAACAAAAACAGCAAGCAAGCGUUGGGAAGCAGGGGAGGAAACAACAACAAUAAGAACAGCGCUUAAUUGUCUGCAGCAUCAUCGGCCGAAAAAAAAUCAAACAAACGAUUGCAUUUAAGACGCCCUGCGAUAUUUUCCAGUCGAAAGUGCACCAUCAUCCCCACAUUCAACGCAAGGAAAUACCGGAUUUGCUUGUAUUUUCCACUCAAAAUGGAACAAAAUAAAUAAUCCAAAACAAAAAUCAUCCAAAUAAACUCAAGCCGAACAGUUGAACGACGAACGAAAAGCAAUCGAUAUCGAUAUAUAAGCCAGCUAAAUACUAAGAAAACAUGGAUCUAAGUCUGGAACGCGAUAGCUCCGCGCUGGGUAGUCUCUUCCAGCAGAUUAUUAAUGACAUGAAGAAUACUUCGCCACUGUGGGAGGAUUUUGUGGCUAAGGCCGGAAAACUGCACACAUGCUUGAGGGCCGCCAUCCAGGCAAUCGCCGCCUAUUUGGAUGCCUUCCAAAAGAUAGCCGAUGCGGCGACCAAUUCAAGAGGAGCCUCCAAGGAGAUCGGCACAGCCCUGACCCGCGUCUGCCUGCGCCACAAGGCCGUGGAGACGCGUCUGAAGACCUUCACCAGCGCCAUCAUGGAUUGCCUGGUGCAGCCGCUGCAGGACAAGAUCGAGGACUGGAAGCGCACGGUGGCCACCAUCGACAAGGACCAUGCCAAAGAAUACAAGCGCUGUCGCAGCGAGUUGAAGAAGCGCUCCAGCGACACGCUGCGCCUGCAAAAGAAGGCUCGCAAGGGUCAGACGGAUGGGCUGCAGUCCCUGAUGGACUCUCACAUGCAGGAUGUCACCUUGCGGCGGGCUGAGCUGGAGGACGUGGAGAAGAAGUCCUUGAGGGCGGCCAUGGUGGAGGAGCGGCUGCGCUACUGCAGCUUCGUCCACAUGCUGCAGCCGGUGGUGCACGAGGAGUGCGAGGUCAUGUCCGAGUUGGGGCAUCUUCAGGAGGCCAUGCAGUCGAUCGCCCUGGUCACCAAGGAGCCCAGUGUCCUACCCCAGGCCUCCGAGGAGCUCAUCCACGAUGCCAAGGCCAGCAUUAAUCUGUAUCCAGAGUCCCCGGGCGGAGGUUCCGGUUCGCAGGGUGGUGGCUGCUCCAACUCGCUGGGCUCCCGUAAGAGCUCCGUGUGCUCCAUCAGCAGCAUGAACAGCAGCGGCUCGAGCAACUCGCCGGGCCACCACCACUAUCCGCGCUCCCUGUCGCAGACUUCGAAUGCAACGAAUCAGACGGCAAAUGUCUCCACCUGGCCGCCACAUUCCCAGGACGUGGUGGACACCCUGCCACCGACCGCCGAUCGUCCGCACACCAUUUCGACGGCCUACGAAAAGGGUCACCAGCGUCCGCCGCUGACCGUAUACACGUUCCAGAACCCGGAGACCAUUCACGAGUCGGGAAGCUGCCUGAACAACGGAUCCGGUCCCCCGAAUGGUCAGCCUUCGUCGGGACAGGCCACGCCGGCCACCCAGAAGUCGCCGGCUGCCUCACUUAGUCGGCCACCCUUGCCAGUUCGCUGUUCCUCGCUGGAGCGACCGCUUUCGGCUCAGAGUAACCACCGCCAGGGAAGCGGGAGCAACCUGCUGCAGCGCCAGUGCCCCUCACCGAUUCCAGCUCAUAUCACGAAAGAGCUGUCCGCAGCGCAUCAUGCACAGCAGCAGCAGCAGCAGCAAAACCAGCAGCCCCAGACGCCGCCCACCUAUGUGAACAUGUCCGAGCUGGCCACCAUGGCGGCCUUGAAGCUGACCAACCAGCAGCAGCAGCAGCAGAAGCCCACUCCGCCGCCCCUGCAGCAGCAGAGCUCCAUCGACUCGACCGGCUCCCAGCAUUCCAACGACUCCUCCGGCUCGCAUCAGCUGCUCCAGCAGCAGCACCAUCAGCAACAGCAGCAUCACUCGCAGCCGAAUCACCACUCAGCCACCGCCACACGCUCCCAUUCCAUAUCCUCGACGGCCUCGUCACUGCACUCGCAUCCGUCGAUCGACUCCACCGUCGCUUGCGGCUCGUUGGUGGGCCAGCCCAACCACAGCACCAGCACCAACACGAACACCACCUCGCCGUCCAGUGGCAGCUCCACGCCACAGAACCAUUACUCGCCCCUGCUAACCAACUCCCCCACGUCCACUGCCGCAGGUACUCCGAGUGGCAGCAGUCUAGGUCAAGGGUCCGCUCUAGGAUUUGUCUACCAGGUCAGCUCUCCGACGCCGCCCUCCAGCGAGGUGCUGAAAAUCACCGAGCAGGCGGCAGCUGGACAGGAUCAGGGGCCGGUGAACAGCGAAGUAGAGGAUACGGAUGAGCGAUCGCGUGCCUCCGUUCUGCAGAAGGCCUCCAUGUUCGAGAAGGCGGCAGCAGCGGCAGCGGUAUCGCCUCCGGCUCCCAAUCAGUCACCAGCAGCAUCUUCUCCAGCUUCGGGAGGCGGAGCACGACGAUCCGAGGCGGAGCAGCAGGAAAUGGACAAGUCUUUCGAAGAUUCAAUACAAGCACUAAAUAAUUUAAUUGGCGAACUAGACUCGUUCCAACGCGAGAUCGAUGAGGGCAAGGGCAAGCCGAUGAGCAGCAUAAUCAGCAGCAGCAACAGCAACAACAACAAUACGACGACCAGCAGCAACAGCAGCAGCGACAACAACAAUCUGCCCGCCAUCAGCAGCAACAUCGAGCCCUGCGCCAUCAGCAAUCAAACAAAUUCGAGCGGCUGCGGAACGGACAUAUCGGACACCACCUCCGACGAACUGGCAGGCGACGAUAUGGACGCCAGGCGACAGGAUCGGGAUCGGGACAUGCUGGGCGCCAGCGAUUCGGAGCUGAGUCGCUGCUAUGUGAGCGAGACGAGUUCGCUGACCGGUGGCCUAACGGCCGGCGGCUAUGAGAAUCCCACCUUCGCGCACUUUGUGGCCAAUGCGAAUCGGGAGGAUGUCGUUUCGCUGGCCUCGGACAGCGUCUGUCUCGGCCAGCCGCGCCACGCCUACGUGGACACGUGCAGCGACAGCGGCAGUGCCGUGGUGGUGAUCUACGAUCAUCAGAUUCCCAACACCCCAGACAUUGAGUUCGUGAAGCAGAACUCGGAGAUCGUGGUGCUGCGGACGAAGGAUCCGCAGCCGCAAACCCUGCAGCUGCACGAGAUGCGCGAGCUGCAGCAGCUGCCGGCCAAUUUGGCCGGUUCGCCGGACUCCUCGCCGGACUCGUCCGGUGGCCAGGCACCGGCGACAGCAACUGUGGCGCCCGCCAAGCAGCGACUCUCCUCGUUUCGCGCCACCAGUGAGCAGCAGUUGCAGCUCCUCGGACGCGGAAGCCCGCAAAGAGGUAAAGCAACCAGUGAGCAGGCGACACAGAGCAGGCCACAGGACCAGCAUUUCCCAGCACAGGCACAUCCCCUGCAGCAGGAUAGUGAUGGCAGUAGCCAGCCAGUAGAUCCCAUGAGGCGCCAGCUGCCGCCCAAGCCCACCAGCUUGAGCAUUUUCAAUGGCCCCGCGCCCAGUGUGGGCGAUAGGCCCUUGGUGCCCCGAAAGUCGGACUUUAAGGCCGAUCUAGAUGCGAAAAUACGCAGGCAAAAGCAGAAGGUUAAACAGCAGUUGCAGCAGCAGCAGCAGCAGCAACAAUCGCCGCAGCCGCAGCAAGCACCACAAGAACCGCAACACUCACCACAGUCGCCCCAAACCAGAAACUGUAAUGUCACUAAUAACCCAGCCGCCAAUGUUACUGCAUCUGCAUCUGCAUCCGCAUCUGCAUUCACCGACCAAGCUCAUAGAAUGCCAAACCAAAAUCAGACCGCCACAUCCAAUCACAAGCAAUGCAAGACGCCCGCAACAAUGGCUCUGUCACCAUCGUCAUCUCCUCGCGGCCAUCUACCAUCUGCAUUAUCAUCGUCAUCGCUAUCGUCAUUACCAUUACCAGCCACCACAUCAUCGCCAUCAAAUGCUCCGCCAUCGAUGUUGCCCGCCAGUGACCGACCACCCGCCCAUCCAUAUGUGUGCUCCAAUGCCCCAGCCAAUCCCCAUCAUGCCAAUAGCAUUACCAAUGCCAAUGCCACUGCCAAUCUCAAGCCGUGCAUUACGCCCCGGCCGGCCUCGUUGUCGGGAGGAGCAGCGGGCGGUGGCUCCACGCGCAUCGCACGUCGUUCGUCCAUCAACCAGGCCAAGCCACCGCCGCCAGUGAGACGCAGCUCGUCGGUGACCCCCAGUCCCAAUGCCUCGGUCGGGCUGCAGCACCAGCAACAGCAACAGCAGCACGCGACUCUGUCGCAGCAGAAUCACCAGCUAAGCAGCUCCAGCGAGCACUUGCCACCGCCGCCGGCUUUCAUGCUGGACGCCGUGCCCCAGAUGCCCAGCUCAGCGCUGAAGGUAUCGGAGACGGUGAGAGCCCUGGCAGCCAUGCGGCACCAGCCGGCAUCGCCUGUGUCCCUCAGACGCCUGCAGCAGCAACAGCAGCAGCAGCAACUACAGCAGCAGCAGCAGCAACAGCUACACCAGCAACACGUGCAGCAGCAGCAACCCCUAUUGCAGUCUGUGCACCACAAUCCCCUGAACGAUGACCCGACCGUCUACUACGACUCCUACAUGGACCUGCACGCCUAUGCCCAGGCCUUGGCCAAUGGCCAGCAGAUGUCCAACCAGCAACGCUUUAACCACCAGCAGCAACAGCAGCAGCAGCAAAAUCAUUAUCUGCAGCAGCAGCAGCAGCAGCAACAUCAGCCAGCGCAACAACCGCCUGUUUACCAAGCGCCGCCGCCUGUCGAUGCCACGUUCCGCACUUCAUCACCAGCCGCUGGCGGAGGGGGCGGCAUCUACGCCCAGCCCAAGCUGGUCAACAGCAUGUCCAGCUUCCGCACCAGCAGCCCCAGUCCCAACGGACACGCUCACCCACUGCCACCGACACAGCCAAAGACGAAUCCGAACCUAAUUGCACAGCUCAAUGCACGACUCAGCGGCAAGCAGCAGCAGCCCCACCAGCAGCAGCAGGUCGAGGGGAUCUAUGGUAACCAACAGGCGCCCGGAGGAGAGUCCAUCUACAUGCGGAGUGGCUUGUCCAUGUCGCAGCCGCCACAGCAGCAACACUAUGACGGUAAAUCAUCAAACCAAAUGCAGCAGCAGCAGCAGCAGCAUAGAAUUUACGCUAGUUUCGGCAACUCAUCAUCAGCAAUGUCAUCGGCCCAUGUGGCCAACAGCAGCACUAAACAACCGUCCAUUCUAACACCGACCGCCUCUUUCAAUGCAUUGCCCCACUUUCCCCUGUCUUCAUCCACAUCAUCGUUGCUAUCCAAAGUAGGCUCAUUCUCGAACUCUUCAUCCGCAUCCCCACCGCCAACGGCAGCGGCCUCCGGCUCGGCCAACUCGCAUUAUCAGCCACCGCAGCCGCCGACAGCAGCAGUUGCUGGCAGCAAAGACUUUGCCAUCUACUCAAGUUCGUUUACCAAAAAUCCAGCAGCUGCGCAAGCGCCGAACAUGCGACAGGCCCAUUCCCAUCAGCAGCAGCAGCAGCAGCAACAGCAGCACUACACCUGCCCGCCUCCACUGGAGGAUCCCCCACCGCCGCCCAUUUACGCCGCCGGUGCAUCGGCCACGAUGCCCAAGAAGAUGGUCCGCCCGCCCACUGGCCAGAAUGCACAUGCGGCCCACCCGAGCGCCUAUGCGGCUGCUUCGGCCACGGCCACGCUGCCCAAGAACAUGGUGCAGCGGUUGCAGCAACAGCAACAUCAGCAGCAGCAGCAGCAAUAUCAACAGCCAGCGGGCAUGGGCAUUGGCAAUGGCAAUGGUCACUUGGCUCAGCGUCCGCAGUUGCCGCUGCCCCAGCAAAAGCUGCGGGCUGCACAGCAGCAACACUUGGCGGAGCAGCAGCAACAUCAGUUGCAGCAGCAACACCAGCAACGCCAGCCGCCCAUACCUUCACGCCACUCGAGUGUGCAGCAAAAGAUAUUCGUCUCGACAAACCCAUUCAUACAGACAACGGCCGUCAAGUUUCACUCGCCCUCUGCCUCGCCCACUUGCGGCUCGCCAGUAACUGGAUCUGGGUCCCUAGCCAGCAUUUAUGCCACAACCUCACGUGGAGGCCACCAUCACCAGCAGCAGCAGCAACAUGCUCACCAGCAGCAACUGCAGCAACAGCAGCAGCAGCACUAUUAUCGCGAUGUUGCUGGGGGCAACAGCAAUGGCGGCAAUGCCUACUAUAACCACAAUGCCCAUGCCCAUUCCCAGGCACAUCAUUCAAACUAUGCCACAAGCACAAAUAUCGAAAAGACUGGCAGCAUUCGGGCCAAGACCAAGGCCGAAUUCCUCGAGAAUCUCAACGCGAAGCUGGCGAAGCAGGGAAUGUCUGGACGAGCAUUUGCCGUGCGAAAUCUCAUUAACAGCAAGGCCCUGAUGUAUCAGAAUCCGCAAAAUCUAUCGCGCCCCAGUGCGCAAUACCGUAGACCACCCACCUAUCCCAACACCAGCACGACCACCAAUGCCACUUGCGAAGAUCAGUGCUAAGUGCUAAGCCGGACCCUCGUAUAUGUCACGAGUCGCUAAUGGAUCAAAUCAAGCGUGGAGCCACUUUAAAGCGUAACCAGAAGAUCAACGAUCGCAGCGCUCCCAAAAUACAUUGAAUUAACCUAUAGGCUUAAGCGGAAUAACAUAUUUAUUACCAUAAUAAUUAAUCUAUGAAUAAUCAAGAGGCCCGACGCCUGCUCGAUUGCAGGGCUCUGCAGAGUUUGGUUUGAAACUGAAAACUCGAAACACAACAUACAACUUAAAUACAUAUGAUUACGAUACAACAUAUUCGAUAUACGAUAUUUAACAAGCGCAUUAAGCUUAACUCGAACUAAUCAAUACCUUUCUUGAUUUCCUAUAUCCCAAAAAUGUGUCCGAAAGGCUUUCUUUGUUAAGUGAAUACAAAAAAUGGAAGACAGUUAGCACUCGUAUGUUUAUUUAUAUCCAAAACUCGAAUUUAUCUUUAGUGAGCAUCUGUUAAAAGAUAUUUUAUGUUUAUGUAUUUACCAUAUUUAUAAUUUCCCUUGCUUAUGUACAUACAUAUGAAUAUGAUUUUAACAAACACUCGAAACUAAUAUGACGCCUAAUAAAUGGAAUUUAUCGUAAAA